AAUGGCUGGGUCCCCGGCCUGUCUCCCUGGCAGGCCCCGUCCUCGGCCCCGUCCUCCCAGCCCAGUGCCCAGAGCCCGGGAGGUGGAAGAAAUGACCAGAGGCUCCAUGACCCUUCCCAGAAGUGCUGAGGUUCUGUGGCCUGCCCGCCUCUCGGCCCCGGCAGACUCCUGUCCAUCCUGUGCCCUCCCUGGCGUCUGCCGGGCCACCUGCUCCCCUGACCCUGCCACACCUGCCAGCUGGGGUGACGUUGACGCUCACCGCACGCCUGUCGACAGGUGGAUGAGGGGCCGCUUGUGGCUGUGCGUCUGGGCAGAGCCUGCAUCGCCUGACCCACCCCUGCCCCGUAGCUCCUCUCUGACCACUUCCACUUGCAGCUCUAGUUCUGGCCAUGCCGAACCACGCCUCGUUCCCAGACGCCACGCAGGGGUGCUGCCCCUCCUGCCUGGGUCAACGCUCUUUCCCCAACUCCUGUCCUUCCUCAGCAGGGAGGCAGCGUCUAUGGAGCAAAAGGAAUGCCAGGACCCUGCCCGGCCAGACGUGGGCCAGCCUCAGCGCCCACAGCCGACACACAGAUAGCAGAGCCGUCCUCCGGGUGGAACCAUGAUUCCGGUGACGGAGCUCCGCUACUUUGCGGACACGCAGCCGGCGUACCGGAUCCUGAAGCCGUGGUGGGACGUGUUCACCGACUACAUCUCCAUCGUCAUGCUGAUGAUCGCCGUCUUUGGGGGCACGCUGCAGGUCACGCAGGACAAGAUGAUCUGCCUGCCUUGCAAGUGGGUCACCAAGGACUCCUGCAACGACUCCUUCCGCGGCUGGGCAGCCCCUAGCCCGGAGCCCACCUACCCGAACUCCACCAUCGUGCCGGCCCCUGACACGGGCCCCACGGGCAUCAAGUACGACCUGGACCGGCACCAGUACAACUAUGUGGACGCCGUGUGCUACGAGAACCGGCUGCACUGGUUUGCCAAGUACUUCCCCUACCUGGUGCUGCUGCACACACUCAUCUUCCUGGCCUGCAGCAACUUCUGGUUCAAGUUCCCGCGCACCAGCUCGAAGCUGGAGCACUUCGUGUCCAUCCUGCUCAAGUGCUUCGACUCGCCGUGGACCACGAGGGCCCUGUCCGAGACGGUGGUGGAGGAGAGUGACCCCAAGCCGGCCUUCAGCAAGAUGAACGGCUCCAUGGACAAGAAGUCGUCGACCGUCAGCGAGGACGUGGAGGCCACCGUGCCCAUGCUGCAGCGGACCAAGUCGCGGAUCGAGCAGGGCAUCGUGGACCGCUCGGAGACCGGCGUGCUGGACAAGAAGGAGGGGGAGCAGGCCAAGGCGCUGUUCGAGAAGGUGAAGAAGUUCCGGACGCACGUGGAGGAGGGGGACAUCGUGUACCGCCUGUACAUGCGGCAGACGAUCAUCAAGGUGAUCAAGUUCGCCCUCAUCAUCUGCUACACCGUCUACUACGUGCACAACAUCAAGUUCGACGUGGACUGCACCGUGGACAUCGAGAGCCUGACGGGCUACCGCACGUACCGGUGCGCGCACCCGCUGGCCACGCUCUUCAAGAUCCUGGCGUCCUUCUACAUCAGCCUGGUCAUCUUCUAUGGCCUCGUCUGCGUGUACACGCUGUGGUGGAUGCUGCGGCGCUCGCUCAAGAAGUACUCGUUCGAGUCGAUCCGCGAGGAGAGCAGCUACAGCGACAUCCCCGACGUCAAGAACGACUUCGCCUUCAUGCUGCACCUCAUCGACCAGUACGACCCGCUCUACUCCAAGCGCUUCGCCGUCUUCCUGUCGGAGGUGAGCGAGAACAAGCUGCGGCAGCUGAACCUCAACAACGAGUGGACGCUGGACAAGCUGCGGCAGCGGCUGACCAAGAACGCGCAGGACAAGCUGGAGCUGCACCUGUUCAUGCUGAGCGGCAUCCCAGACACGGUGUUCGACCUGGUGGAGCUGGAGGUGCUGAAGCUGGAGCUGAUCCCGGACGUGACCAUCCCGCCCAGCAUCGCCCAGCUCACGGGCCUCAAGGAGCUGUGGCUGUACCACACGGCGGCCAAGAUCGAGGCCCCCGCGCUGGCCUUCCUGCGCGAGAACCUGCGGGCGCUGCACAUCAAGUUCACGGACAUCAAGGAGAUCCCGCUGUGGAUCUACAGCCUGAAGACGCUGGAGGAGCUGCACCUGACGGGCAACCUGAGCGCCGAGAACAACCGCUACAUCGUCAUCGACGGGCUGCGCGAGCUGAAGCGCCUCAAGGUGCUGAGGCUCAAGAGCAACCUGAGCAAGCUGCCGCAGGUGGUGACGGACGUGGGCGUGCACCUGCAGAAGCUGUCCAUCAACAACGAGGGCACCAAGCUCAUCGUCCUCAACAGCCUCAAGAAGAUGGCGAACCUCACCGAGCUGGAGCUGAUCCGCUGCGACCUGGAGCGCAUCCCCCACUCCAUCUUCAGCCUGCACAACCUGCAGGAGAUCGACCUCAAGGACAACAACCUCAAGACCAUCGAGGAGAUCAUCAGCUUCCAGCACCUGCACCGCCUCACCUGCCUGAAGCUGUGGUACAACCACAUCGCCUACAUCCCCAUCCAGAUCGGCAACCUCACCAACCUGGAGCGCCUCUACCUGAACCGCAACAAGAUCGAGAAGAUCCCCACCCAGCUCUUCUACUGCCGCAAGCUGCGCCACCUGGACCUCAGCCACAACAACCUGACCUUCCUGCCCGCCGACGUCGGCCUGCUGCAGAACCUCCAGAACCUGGCCGUCACGGCCAACCGGAUCGAGGCGCUCCCCCCGGAGCUGUUCCAGUGCCGGAAGCUGCGGGCCCUGCACCUCGGCAACAACGUGCUGCAGUCGCUGCCCUCGCGCGUGGGCGAGCUGACCAACCUGACACAGAUUGAGCUGCGGGGCAACCGGCUGGAGUGCCUGCCCGUGGAGCUGGGCGAGUGCCCGCUGCUCAGGCGCAGCGGCCUGGUGGUGGAGGAGGACCUGUUCAACACGCUGCCGCCCGAGGUCAAGGAGCGGCUCUGGAGGGCCGACAAGGAGCAGGCCUGAGCUGAGCGGCCCGCGCAGGACCCCGCCGCGCUCCCGGGCAGCCGCCCCAGCCUUGCAGGGCAGGAGCCUGGGCCGGACAUGCGAGGACACGGACAGGACGGCGUGCGAGGGGCUGGCCCCUUUCCUCCCUCGGAGACUCACGCCCCCCCAGGGCAGGCGCCUGCUGGGGAGACCAGAGAGCGAAGCAGACUCAGCAGUAUUUGGACAAUCGGGGUCUCCGCCCGGAGACCAUGGCUGGCCCGGAGGCGGAGCCCACCCCAGAGGAGCUUGUGGUAUUUAUCUCCGCGCGCGCGCAGCGCCUCCCUCCAGACAACUUUCCCAGGAGAGUUGGCUCGGGCGGGCUGUGUCUCCCUGUCCUCACUCGGCAGCAGGGGGUCACCCCCACCGUGCAGGCCGGCCUCUGGCCCGUGGGAGCGCAGGCCGGGCCUGGGGCUGGCCUUAUCAGUUUUUGAUUUUUUUUUUUUUAAGUAAAAAAAGAAGUUUUUUUUUUUUUUUUUUAAAGCUUUGAAAAUGAAUGGUUUGGGUAUUAAAAAGAAAAAAAAAACUUAAAAAAAAAACACACCAAACACACAUACACACACAUAGGACACUAUAGGCCAGUGAGCUAGAGUCUCAGGUGGGGUGGCCGGGUCCCUGGACGCCGCCACAGACCCGGGGUUGUAUUUCCUGUCCUGGGGGUGCAGGGGGCAGGAUGUCUCCCCAUCUGCCGUGACCUUGGCCCCGAGGCGCUGUUUGUUUCUCUGUUCUCCUGGGGCGGGGAUUUUUGUUGUUAUUGGUGGUUUUUUUUUUGGGGGGGAGGGGUCUUUUGGUGUCUUGUUUUCUUUCUCCUCCAUAUGUCUUGGCAGGCGCUCACUUCUGUGGCUGUCAGCCAAAGAAAUGUUCUGGAGCUGCCAAGAAGGGAGGAGACGCGGGGUGGCCAGUCCCGGGAUGAGCGGUGCUCCACUACCCCCCCCCCCCGCCCCUCCAUGCACAGUGUUAGGAGACAAGGGGAGCUGCUUCGCCCGGGCUCUACGUCCCGCCUUGUGUGUCGUGGGCUUGCUCAGUGCCACCACCAGCCCCCUGCUGCCUGCACAGGCCCUGUCGCCACGGGGGCCCUCACGCGCAGCGCUCCGAGGCGGGUCGGGCACGGGGAGGCCGUCACUGGGAGGGCAGCCUCACCGUGCUGGCUUCCAAGCCGGUAUUCCUCCCAGGCGCUGGCCUCGCACACAGUCAGGGCCUGGGCGCGGGAAGCUCCCCUGCUUCAGAGCGGCCACUCGGGUCCCUGCCUUAGAUCACCCACACGGACACUAAGGCACGUUUUAGCGUCUCCCGUCUCGAUGAUUCUGUCCGUCCGUCUGUCCAUUUGUGUUUUCCCUGCGUUGUGUCAUUGGAUAUACUCCUCGGAAAUAAUGCACACUAGCCUGUGGCAACCACAAAGCAAUCCGUUACAUGUGGGUCUGAACUCGCAGAGUUCACAUAUCAAAUAAAUGUGUAACAGAGAGAA